CUUUUCUGUGUUUGUAGGAGUUUAGCAACACCAUGUGUAUUUACAAAUGAAUCAUACAUUCAGUCUUACCUAGAUACAUUUUUUGGAAAUGCCGCUUUACGAUGACGACGACAACUCUCCGCCUCAUAAUAAAGGAUCUGCCGAUAUCACCAUGAAAUUCCUUCAAGCUCAAAUCACUCAGAAAAGAAUGCAGAUUCAACAAGGAAUUCAGAGAACAAGUGUAGCGCCUGUUGUGGAUUUGUCUGCUCGGAAUAAAGGGCUCAAUAUGCGUCGAAUACAACCAGUACGAGCAUUGCCAAUCACAGAAUUGGCGCCUCCAUCCUUCCUUCCAAAAGGAGCCGUGGAAGAUAGUGUCAACCUAUUCGGAGAGUAUAUAGUGAAGAAUGAAUAUCAGCCUUCUGUUCCUAAUGAAUAUAUCGCUUUCAAGCGAAAAGCAGAAGAGAAGGAAGCGCGUGAAAAGCAUGCUCGAGAAGUUGCUGAGAGACUGGCACGUGAUCAUAAGGAAGAAGCUAAGAAGAGGUUGAAAGGAGCCGCAAUUGCACCUCCCCAAGCACUACUGGAGCCAUCAUCUUCCCCUCCAAAGGAAUCAUCUCCUCCUUCUUCUGUGAGUAUGCCGCCACCGGCGUUCCUUCCCUCUUUUGGCAAAGCCACUUCAAAAGGUCUUGGUGUAGCCGCUAACAUCAUGAGCAAAUUCGGGUACAAGCAGGGUGCUGGAUUAGGUCGAGAUGAGCAGGGAAUGAGUACAGCACUGACGGUGGAGAAACUUGGAAAAAAUGCGGGACUCAUUAUAAAUGAAAGCCAAAGUAAUCCAAGCAACCCACCUCAUGUGACGGCACCUCCCAUGGGCGUUGGUCCUGUGAAUAUGGCUGAAGCAAUCAAGCGAUCAACGAAAGUGCUUAUGCUUACGAACAUGGUUGGGCCUGAUGAAGUUGACGACGAACUUGAGCCCGAAAUCCGAGACGAAAUGGCAAAAUAUGGGCAAGUAGCUUCCGUUGUCAUCCAUAAGCUAAACGGUGUAAGCGAUGAACUGGCAGUGCGAAUUUUUGUGGAAUUCACUAAUGUCGCACAAGCAAUCAAAGCGUUUGUUGUCAUGAAUGGACGGUUUUUCGGAGGUCGAUCUGUAGCUGCGGCAUUCUACAAUGUGGAUGAUUUCAAUAACAAGGACUACGGAAAGUAG